AUGGCGGCCGCCCAGGUGGCCGACAUGGUUGGGGAGUGCUCGGCAGCCGGAGAGCCGGAGCAAUCAAAGCCACUGAAGCCGCCCAAGUCGGAGCCUGAAACGGUGGCAGCGGUGGCAGCGGCAGUGGUGGCUGUUGCUGCAGCAGCUGCAGAGGCUGAGGAAGCAGAAGGCGACUCAUUCCCAGAGGACUACGGGUUGAUGCGCCUCGACUCGCCCACCUACGUCCUGUACAGGGACAGACCAGAAUGGGCUGAUAUAGAGCUGGUGCCCCAGAAUGAUGGGCCAAAUCCAGUGGUCCAGAUAAUUUAUAGUGAAAAAUUUAGAGAUGUUUAUGAUUAUUUUCGGGCUGUUCUGCAACGUGAUGAAAGAAGUGAACGAGCUUUUAAAUUAACUGGAGAUGCUAUUGAGCUAAAUGCAGCUAAUUAUACUGUACAUCAUUUUCAGAAAGUUCUUUUAAAGUCAUUACAAAAGGAUCUAAGUGAAGAAAUGAACUAUAUUACUACAAUAAUUGAGGAACAGCCCAAAAACUACCAAGUCUGGCACCACAGACGAGUGUUAGUGGAGUGGCUGAAGGAUCCUUCUCAGGAACUUGAUUUUAUUGCUGAUAUUCUUAACCAGGAUGCAAAGAACUACCAUGCUUGGCAGCAUCAACAGUGGGUCAUUCAGUAUACUCUAGAAAUGAUAAAAACUGCACCACAUAAUGAAAGUGCAUGGAACUAUUUAAAAGGGAUUUUGCAACCCAACCUUUUAGAGCAGUUGUUAGAUUUACAGCCAAGUCACAGUUCUCCCUACCUGAUUGCCUUCCUUGUGGCUAUAUAUGAAGAUAUGCUAGAAAACCAAUGUGACAACAAGGAAGAUACACUUAAUAAAGCAUUAGAGUUAUGUGAAAUUCUAGCUAAAGAAAAAGACACUAUAAGAAAGGAAUAUUGGAGAUAUAUUGGAAGAUCCCUUCAAAACAAACACAGCACAGAAGGAAGUUUGCCAACAGAUAAGCAGCAAUAACAGCAUUCAGAAGACACUAAUGGAAUAGUUUUAUUUUUAAAAGAAACUUGGAACAAGGAAGUGUGACA